AUGGCUGCCGGCAGCAUGCAAGCAGCGACAGCGUCCCUCGUUUUCCAGUAUCUGAGCGGCGUCGACAAAGCGCUCGCCAACCAGUUCCAAAGAAACGACGCCAAGCCCCUGCCCGCAGGAGUUGCGCAGCUCGACAAGGUGGUGAGCUCGUACUUCGAAGGGCAGCCUCAUCAGCGCAAACUACUGCUGCAGCUGGCGCCAUGUGGUGCUGCCGGCACCGCGUCAAAGCACGACGUGUCUUCCUCCGAUGAUUCUUCGAGCGAAGAAGAGGCCAAGCCAGCAAAGCCGGUCAACUCGGCAACGCCUAAAGGAAACACCAAUUCCAAGGUAAACGCGAAAACGCCCGCCUCUAAUCAGAAGCCUAAGCCCAGUGCUCCGGCACAGCACAGCGAGGACUCGGAUUCGGACUCCGAUUCCUCCGAAGAUGAAGCACCGAAGGGCAAGACGACACCAGCGGUCACGCCGAAACAGGGGGCUGUUCAAUCGAAAGCCCCUGGCAAGCGAGCCAAGCCCGAGAGCGACUCGUCCGACAGUUCCGACUCCGAAGCCGCCGCACCGCCGAGUAAGAAGCCUGCCGUUCCGACACCAGUGCUCAAGGCGGCUCCCAAGAAACCCCAGCAAUCGAAGAAGGACGAAGACAGCUCGAGCAGCUCUGACGACGACGACGAUCCCAGAAACAAAGCUGCGCUGACAAAGCAAGCAACGCCGCAGGCCAAACCGGUGGCACCGAAAAAACCGGCUUCGACUCAGAAGAAGCAACAGGACAGUUCUUCCGACUCUUCGUCUGACGACGAAGCCUCGAAGCCGCCUCCCGCCAAGAAGCAAGCAACCGCGAAGGCUACGCCAAAGGCCCAGAAUGCUGCAUCGUCAGCCAAGAAGGCUGCUACCAAGAAGGGCGAAUCUUCUAGCUCCGACAGUUCCGACGAGUCUGAACCACAGAAGAAGCCGGCUGUGACUCCGAAAAGCGCCGCCGCGGCGCCUGCCGGUAAGGCCGCCACACCAAAAGUGACGCCGGCCAAGCCUCAGAAUGACAGCGACUCGUCUUCGGAAAGCGAGGAUGAUCAGCCUCCCAAGAAAGUGGUCAAGCCUGCGGCCGCUGGCGCCAAGAAGACUCCGUUGAAGGUGUCCAUUGGUCCCGCCAAGAAGACUCCGCAGGCUAAGAAGAAAGAGUCGAGCGACAGCUCCUCCGACGACGAAGCACCACCACCCAAGGCGACCCCUGGUAAGCCGGCUGCGAAGCAGGCACCGGCUAAGCAGGCUGCCAAAGACAGCUCUACCUCUGAGAGUGAUUCUGAAGAUGACAAGCCGGCGAAAUCAGUGGUUGCUGCCAAGGGCAAGCAGCCGUUAUCAAAGCCAUCACCUAAACCAGCACAAGCGAAGCAAGACAGUUCGGAUUCAGAUAGCGACUCGGAGGAAACAUCGAAACCGAUACCUGUCAAAGUCGCUGCAAAACCAGCGCCAGCAAAGAAGCUAGCACAGACAAAGAAGGAGAGCUCGUCAGACUCGGACAGCGACUCCGAGGAAGAGUCGAAGCCGCCCCGCCAAAGGCGGCCGCAAAGUCAAGCACCUGCUAAGAAGCCAGCCCAAACAAAGAAAGAUAGCUCUUCAGACUCGGACAGCGACUCUGAGGAUGAAAAGCCAGCGCCUCCCAAACCCAGUGCAACCAAGUCGAGUCUCGUAAAGAAGCCGACUCCUGCGAAGAAACAGGCAGAAUCUUCUUCCGACAGCAGUGAUGAGGAUGAAGCUCCCAAGAAGCCUCAGGGCAAGAGUCCCUCCGCGUUGGCUAUACCGUCGAAAACUCCUCCAGGGAAAAGAACGCCAGUUGCCGCUAAGUCUCAGCAAGACUCCUCUUCAUCCGACAGUGACGACGACGACAACAGAUGGCCAGCGAAAAAGCCCGUGGUGACCCCAAAGAACACCCCAGCUUCAACACCCAAGGCAACACCUGCGUCUCAAAAGAAGUCUCAGAAGAAACAAGAAUCUUCCUCGUCAGAAGACAGUGACGAAGAAGCGCCUGCAAAAACCUCGUCUGCGAAAAAGCCGAAGAAGCCCGCUGGAAAAAAGGAAUCGUCGUCUUCAUCGGAAGAUAGCGAAGAUGAGGAGCCGGCAGUAAAGAAGGCUGGGAAGCCUUUGCAAGGCAAGACAUCGACGCCAAAAGCAGCCCAGAACAAUGCGGAAGACUCUAGCGAGGACGAAAGCGAGGAAAAGUCAAACAAAGGCAAGAAGAAAGCGCAGAGUACGCCGAUGCUUAACGGUACUGGCAAGCCUAGUUCCCCCGAGAAAGGAAGAAAGAGCUCGCCGUUUCGGAGAGUGAAAGCUGAGAAAGUGCACAUCGACCCCAAACUGCGCGACAACUCUUUCGAAGCCAAGGCAGGUGCUCGGGGAUCCUGGGGAGAAAAGGCCUACAGCGUAUUGAAAAACGUCAAGGGCAAGGACUUCAGGCACGAGAAGACGAAGAAGAAGAGAGGAACGUACUCGGGUGGAAGCAUCGACACUGGUGUCAACUCGAUACGCUUCGACGAGUGAAGAUCUGCAGCACAGCUCUUCAGCAAUUGUACAGGGCAAGUUGUUUGUCACACUGUUUUUAAUCUCUCCCAGGGUCUGCAUUCUUAUGACGCGUGCGCUGCUAUGGAUUGACUAGGCGCACUUGGGAGAUCGGCUCUUGAACUGUCUGCAGUCUUUGUUUCCAUACCAUUAUCUAUGGAGGCAUGCACAUCACAUAAUGUUGUCAUUAAAGGGUUGUUUCAGGCCGUCACA